UUAACUGUCUGUAAUAUUAUUUUUAUUUUCUAGGAUAAAACUACUUAUGACAGUAAUGCUGGUAUGGUGUGGCCAAACACCUCAUGCUGUAUGUGAGCAGACUUUGGAAGCAGAUAUCAAAUUCUUUGAUAUAAGAAUUCCCAUGCUUGAAGUUCCGACCAAGAAAACUCAUUAUGUGUGUCAGAAGUUCAAAGUACCCGAUACCGACACGUUCCACGCUGUAGCGUUCGAGCCCCUGAUCUCUAACCUUGACGUCAUGCAUCACAUGCUUUUGUUUGGCUGUGCCUAUGACGUACAGGACAUGGACCCUCACGAGUGUUCGGGCGCCGAUGCCCAGUGUUCGUCGUGGCUGGCCCAGUGGACAAUGGGAGUCGACGGUAAGAUAUACACACCACACAAUGCAGGAGUCCGGUUUGGCAAAGACAGUUAUGGCUACAUGUCCCUACAGAUUCACUGGAACAACGAAAUGUCUGCUGCAAACCUUACAGAUAAUAGUGGAAUGAGGGUCUACUACACCAACAGACUACGUCAGUAUGACGUAGGGAAUGUUCAGAUUGGACAACAAGACCUUGACAUUCCACCCCACACAAUUCAUAACGAGUCUGGCGGCUGUAGUGGCACAUGUACGGCCGCCAUGCUGCCGCAUCCAGUGUACCUCACCAGGACCUAUAUCCACAUGCAUUACUUGGGUAUCCAUGGUCUCCUGGAGGUAUAUCGGAAUGGCAGGUUCCUAAAGAGGGUAGCUUAUGACGCGGAAUACGACUACAAAAACUCACCAAUCCAUGUGCAUGACCCACCCAUCGAAAUAAGACCAGGUGAUGAACUCCGCCUUACCUGUACAUUCGACUCGUUGACAGGAGCCAGGAAGAGAAAUCAUUCAUUAUAUUUCGGGGAGGGUUCUGAUGCGGAAAUGUGUUAUGCCUUCGUGACUUACUUUCCUAAUGUUCCAAACUUUGACCAAUGUCUGCAGUUUGACGAAUACGACAUGAAUUGCAUGGAUCAAACAAAGCCAUUCAUGGGAGGCUGUGAGUUCAGGAAGUUCCAGGAGGACCUGCAGUCUCAUCUCAUAGAAGAUAUUAAAACUAAUUGCUCGACGACCCAGGAUCAGUUUCCAUGUGAUCGUCAGUGUGCGACAUCUGUGACUCAACUUUCGAAUCAACCUUGUCUUCAGGGUCGUCUGGGCUCCUACAGCAAAAGAACAAUACUAUCACGGAUGCCGGGGUGGACUGAUAUUUCACAUGUUGUGGACCAUUUUACAGAAAUGUGUAACUAACAUUAUAGGCAACAUUGGAAAUGUCCUGUGUACAAUCUUCCUACGUAAUGACCAAAUAUCCGAAAUACAUUAAAUUGUGAUGGAAUAAAG